AUGGCUUCCAGGGCUGGUGGAUCCAUAGGCCGAGGUGCAGGCAGGGCUCAGGGCAGCGCACCGGGUUCUCCACCACGACCUAUGCAGGGGCGAGUAGGGGAUGGACCGGGAGGAGCCGGCGCGAUCUUCGUUGGGGGGUUGCUUACCGUACCGGCGCCGACCUCUCGUCGCUCUUUCCGUUACGACGGCCCUCGACCCCCUCCUUCGGGGCAGACGCAGACGCAGCCGGAGAGCGGCAGUGAGGAGGAGGAUGAGGAGGAGUAUGGUGAGGGCGAGAAGGAGGAGGACACUGAGGGGAGCGGGGAUGACAGCAAGGCGGCGUGGGACCCAGAGACGCAUGGCGGUGGGGAGGGGGGAGAUGAUGAUGAUGAAGACCACGAGAUGGAUCGGUUGGAGUCAGAGGGGCGGGAGGAGGAGGUGGGAGAGGGUGGUGGAAGGGCGGCGACAGAGGCGGGAUCACAGCAUGUGCGUGAAGGGGGAGGGAGCGUGGGGGUUAAGGUGGGGGGGAGAAAGGCCGUGACCAUUAGGGAGCCGAGGCAGAGGAAGAAGGCCAACAAGUUGAGGGAGCGGGCGUAUCCCUGCACGUUCACUGGGGAGCCCUUGGGCGAGGGUGUGAUCGCUCCCGAGUUCCUAGACGAGGACGGAGGGUCCAAGAGUAGUAAGGGGACUGGCAAGGGGGAGACGUUUCCCCAUGGGGGCUACAAGGGAGUGCCGGAUGGCUACGUCUAUCAGUGGCCACAUGCCAAGACUUGGCCGCAGCUCGCCAAGGGGAAAGGGAUGGCGACUGGUGGAGGUCAUGUGUCAGGCGGGAUGGAGCGGUGGAUGACAACCAAACUGACCUCGGUGCAGCUACGGCAGGCGAUCACGAAGCUGGUGGUCACCUGCGACCUCCCCUUCCGCAUCGUCGAGGCCGAGGCUUUUCAUGAGCUACUCAUCCUGCUAAACCGCAACUGCGCGCAGAAGAACUUCAUCCCCUCGCGCUGGACGGUUUCCCGCGACACAGUGGUCUAUGCGGCUGCCGCUCUUCAGUCAGCCAUUGUGGAGAUGCUGGCGAAGGAGGGGGAGCUGGGGUGCAGGGUGUCAUUCACCAUCGACAUGUGGUCGGCGCCCAACAACAGGGCGUGGCUAGUGGUAACGGGUCACUGGAUCGACGAGAAUUACCAGCUCCGCACAAUGGUGUUUGAAUUCCGCGAGAUUCACGGGCGUCACACGGGCAAGCAGAUGGCGAGGGUGGUUGAGGAGACGGUGGUGCAGUGGGGGUUGGAGACGCGUUGUCUUGGGUUCACCUCAGACAACGCCUCCAGCAACACUGCUGCUUUCAGGUGGAUGUCGGAGGAGGGUGGCAACCCCAAGCUGUGCAAGUUUUGUGGCAAGAAGUUCGAGGGCGGAACAAACCGCUGUGCAAUCCAUCUCGCGACAUGGAAAGGGCAGGAGAAGCGCGCUGUGGCGUUAUGCAAGGACGCGCCCACGGCAGUCCGCGAUGAAGUCCGUGGCAUGUACGAGACCAAGGCGGAACAGCAGGACUUGAAGCGAGGGGCGGCCGCUGCUGCAAUUCACUCCGCGCUUGACGCUGUCAGUGGAAACCCGGAGAAAAAGAGCAAAAUUACAGAUUUCUUUGGCAAUGAGGCGACGUGCGCCAAGGAGGACGCGGAUAACGCGCUUUGCUUUCUGUUCGCGGCGUUGAAACUUCCGGAGCGCAUUGCGGACGAUCCGGUCUUCCGCUACGCGGUCCAGUGCAUUGCGCGCGCUGGACCUGGGUACGUCCCUCCUAAGAGGCGCUACAUUGGAGGGGCAGGCUUGAAGAAGACCGGGGGGUACAUCGCCAGCCUUCUCCGCCCCGUCAUUGAUAAGGUGGGGCCGGAGAAUGUGGUGGCGGUCUGCACCGAUGGCGGCAGCAACUAUGCAUCGGCCGCCAAGAAGAUUGCGAGCACAUGGCCGCACAUUGAGCAUGUGCCAUGUACCACGCAUGUCCUGGACCUGAUGAUGGAAGAUAUGGGCAAAAUGGGAUGGGCGAAGGGGCUUGUGGAGAAAGGAGGGGAGAUGAUUACCUUCGUGCGCAACCACCACUUUACCCGUGCCUAUAUGAAGAAAGUGGGGGGGAAGCAGGUGCUCAAGCCUGCGGGAACCAGGUUCGGGACACAAUACAUAGCCAUGGCCCGGCUAUGUGAGGUGAGGAGUGGGCUGGCGGCGAUGGUGCUCAGCGACGAGUGGAAGGUGUGGGCAGCGGCGGACAAGGAUAGGAAGACAGCAGCUGAGAAAUUCAGGGCUGCUGUGAUGGAUGAGGAGUGGUGGGGGGUGGCGGAGUUCUUUACCUCUCUCAUGGCGGUGCCAUUCAAGGCCAUGCGGGCCACGGACUCUUCCGCGAAAGGCAUGAUGGGUAAGCUGUAUAACAUCAUGCUACAGCUUACCGAGGACAUCAAUGACAAGCUCGACGCUUCAAGUGACUUCUUGACUCGGACAGAGAGGGCAGACAUCACCAAGAUUGUGAAGGACAGGAACGAUGUGGAGUGCACGCGGGUGUUCAAGGACUACAUCGAGCGCCACUAUGACAACAAGACCUUCAAGCGUGGCAAGGAUGGCGCCCCUCGCCGCGCCUCCCUUGUGCUGCAGGAGGCAUUGCUGACCUACAUCAACAUGGAGGGCAGCUUUGGCAAGCCGGGCGCCAUUUCUGCAAGGGAGGCAGUGAAGAAGGGGGAGAUGAGCAUGGUGCAGUGGUGGUCGUGGCACAGCACCGAGUAUCCUGAGCUUGUCGCCCUCGCAUGCCGGGUGCUCACUCAGCCCGUCUUGGCUUCCCCAUGCGAGCGUGGCUGGGCGCAGUGGGAAGGCGUCCACACCGCCCGCCGCAACCGGCUCGGGUCCGCCAAGUGUGCGGACCUCGUCUACAUUGCGCACAACUGGAACGUUGUGCGCAAUUGGUACAAGAAGGAUGGGGGCAGCACGGUUGUGCCCGGUAACAUCCCGGAUGCCCCUAUCCCCCCCGGCUAUAACAUGGAUGAGGAGGAGGAUGACAUGCUGGGGGAGGAAGGAGAGGAUGCAGUGCUGGUGUAUGAGUAUGGGGAAGGUGUGGUGGUGGAAAAGCCCCGCAAGGAAAUCGGUUGUGGGGAAGCUAGCUAG